AUGCAGUACCCAACCAACCACAAUCUUGCAGUAGCUGAGGACCAGCGUCUCCAGUCGGACGUGCUAGGCAUGCCACCUUCCGUGGCUGCCAGCACGUCCGGCGACCGUCACGGCGACAGGCGCUUAACGGCAGAUGCGUUUUGUGGGUGGAUCGCCACUGCGGACUCUGCGUACGCUGUCGGGUCGACAGCCGAACCAGUGGCCGCGAGAUCCGCCAUCGUUGGGCCUGCCGCGGAAAUUGAAGAGACGAUGUCGCUAUUGUAG